AGUCAUCCUCCUUAUAUGGGAGCGGCACCGCGCAACUGGCUCGUGUCGCCUUUUCCGCUCUUGUUCCACCUCUCCUGAACCUCCUCUUGUCCCUGCUCUUACCCCUCUUUCCGCCGCCUUCUCUUGUCCCUCACGCGCGCCCCCCACGCGCAGCUGCCGACGCGACGGGUAUGAGCGCGGUGGAGCACGCGCGGGACAACGGCACCAUGGGCGCGCUCACGGCGCCGCUGCGCCGCGCCAACCCCGACGCGACCGCGGACGAAGCGGCUGCGGCGGCGGCGACGGAGGAGGCGGUGGAGCGCGAGAACCACUGGGUGGAAGCGUGGGGGAGCGCGGCGGACGGCACGGCGCUGCUGCGCGUGUACCCCGUGUACAGGGAGGGGCGCGCGCCGCCGGGGGAGGAGAGGGCGAACGUGACGGCUAUGAGAAACGCGUGCCGCGGAUACAUGUCCGCGCUUGUAGAUUUCACGUCGCUUGUAUCGGUGCGGAUCUUAGAGGGAGGAAGCGGGAAGAGGGGAGGGAUAGGGAAGACUAUGGAAAAUCUGGAAGGGAGGAAGGGCGGGAUAGGGAAGGAAGAAUCCAUGCACAACGGCCAUUCGCGCAUGUUCGUGCGCAUCUAUGAUGUCACGCGCACUCGCGGCAGCCCGGGCGCUGCCGACCCGCGCCACUACCAGCGCACCACCAACACCAGCAGCGGGCGCAUCGCCACGGUCGACACCAGCAGCGCCAGCAGCAGCAGCAGCAGCAGCAGCAGCGGUGGCAGCGGUGGCUCGUUCAGCCCCAGCAGCGCGGGCAGUGGGCACAUGGAGGAUCUAGAGGAGCUCAUGUAUGAGCCUGUGGAUCACCGUCUGGGCCCCGGUGAAUCGGACAACUACAAUGUUGUGGCUGCGCUAGAUCUCGGGGACCCGUCCCGGCAGCACGAGAUGCGGUGCAGAUACACGGACUUCUACGUCUUCCCAUUCGCAAGCCUGGGGUGGGCGCUGGUGAUCGUGACGGUGAUGGCCCUGGUGGGGUACAUGUGGUGGGCGGCGGGCGGGCACAUGCAGCGCCUGGAGCGCGACUUCCUGCGCAUGCAGCUGCUCAAGAACAAGAUGAAGGCCGCGCGCAACGUCGCCGAGCGUGCGAGCGUGGCCAAGGGGACCUUCCUCGCGACCAUGUCCCACGAGCUACGCACGCCCAUGAACGGCGUGAUCGGCAUGCUCAACCUGCUGCUGGAGACGCCGCUCAGCAUCACCCAGCUGGAUUAUGUCGAGACGGCGCAUACUAGCGGCCGCGCGCUGCUGGAGCUUAUCAACGACAUCCUCGACCUCUCCAAGAUUGAGGCGAACAAGAUGCCACUGGAGAGCGUGGCCAUGGACGUGCGGGCGCAGGUGGACACGGUGCUCACCAUGUUCGUGGAGCGCUUCCGCGCCAAGCCCCUGCUCGAGGUCGCUGCUUACAUCGACCCCUGGGUGCCGCAAGCCGUGCUCGGGGACUCGCUGCGCUUGCGCCAGGUGUUGGUGAACCUGCUAUCCAACGCGUUCAAGUCUCAAAAGCCCUCACCAUCUCCUUCCCCUUCCCCCCAUCCUCCCCAUCCUCCCCUCCCUCCCUCCCUCCCUGUACCCCCAUCGCGUGCCACGCUACUGCAGGUGCUGGUGAACCUAUCCAACGCGUUCAAGUUCUCAAAACUCCUUCCUCCCUACUCCUUCCCCCCUCCCCCCCCCUCGCCCCCUCCGCCCUCCGCCCAUCGUGCCACGCUACUGCAGGUGCUGGUGAACCUGCUAUCCAACGCGUUCAAGUUCACAGAGAGGGGCCACAUCUUCAUAGCCGUGCGCACCGCCCUGCCCUCCGAGGACCUCAAGCGGAGCUUCCGCACGCGCCACCCCUCGCACUCGCACUCCCACGCGCGCACACACGGACACAGGCAGGGGCAGGGGGACGACGGAGAGGGUGGGAGGGGCGGCGUGAGCAUAGGCGAGAGGGUGGGCGUGACUGGGCGCAGCAGCUGGACGAGCCAGGGGAGCAUGGGCGGUUGCAGCAGCAGAGGGGGUGGGAGCAGGGAGGCGCAGUGGGCGACGCUGAGUGGGUUGGAGGCGGUGCGGAGCUGCAACAGCUGGGACGUGCUGGCAGGCCGGCGCCAGCGGUGGAGGGAGGGAGGGGCGGAGGGGGAGUGCGGGGUGGGUGAGGAGGGGACGGGGGAGGAGCGGCAGGGGGCGAAGGGAGAGGAGGAGGGUGCGGCGAAGGAGUGCGUGAUUGAUGUGGGUGGUGAUGGUGCUGCCGCUGCUGCCACUGCUGGUGCUGCUGCUGGUGGUGGUGGUGGUGCAGGGAGUGGCGAUGGCGAGCCUGUGUUGAGCGGGCCGACUGUGCGACUCGUGAUCACCGUCGAGGACACGGGCGAGGGCAUUCCCAAGGCGGCACAGAAGUCCAUCCUGAAGCCGUUCACGCAGGCGGACGCGAGCACGACGCGCACGCACGGCGGCACGGGCAUCGGGCUGUCCAUCUCGCGGCACCUCGUGGCGCUCAUGGGCGGCAAGCUCGCCUUCUCCUCUCGCCCCGGCGUCGGCACCACUUUCUAUUUCGACAUCCUCGUGCCACUCGCGGUCGAUGACACUCAGCAGCAGCAGCUGCAGCAGCCACAGCAGGGUGGGCAGCCCGUGGGUGUCAUGGGUCCCCCCAUGGGUCCCAUGGGUGCGCAUGGUGCACGGCCUGCUUCUGCUGGUGCGCAGCAUGGGGCGCCAGGAAUGGCAUCACCAUCAUCAUCAUCAGCAGCAGGUGCACAGGAGGCAAUGCUCUCCCUCGCAGCUCAACCGCGGCGCCUUCCACAGCGCCACACCUCCUCCCCGACGCACCACCUCUCUCUUCUCCCCGUGGGAGACGCCCUGGCAUCCCCACGCCUCUUAUCCCCUUGCCCCGCGCGCGUCUCCACCUCUCUGAACACCUCUCCACGCCUGCUGCCCCCCUCGUCUACCUCUCCCUGCAAGCCCUCCAGUGCGCGCCAUAAUCGAAACCCCUCCCUGCAGCUGCUGAAGGCGCCACUGAAGGAGCUGCACGGCAUGCAGGCAGCACAGUUGCGCUUGCUGCAGUCCACGCCCGUGCACAGACUCACCGCGUCGCCCAUACACAUGGUGCCCAUGUCCCCUCUGCCUCUCCUCCAGCACGCCGAGGCUAGCUUGACUCACUUUGACGCUCUGCUGCUUGACGACAAGCCCGUGAGGUUCGGCAUCACGGAGAGCCUGCUCGGCAGGCUCGGUAUCCCGGUUCGGAACACGCCUCUGCCUCGGGACCUCCAGUCUCUGUUCUCGAGUGCGAGCAGCACGCAUGCAGCUGUAUCACAGCUUCAGGGUUUACGGCCGGUGAUAGUGGUGGUGGAAGGGGAGUGGCUGGAGCGACUGAAGGAGGCACGGAAGGCAGGUGAGGAGGGCGGCACGAGCGGGGAUGAGGACUCGGGAGGAAGAGAUUCGCCUUGCACGCCCCGCAUGGGGGUGCCUCUGCAGCAGCAGCGGCAGCGUGAGAGAAGAGAGGGCGGGGGUGGCAGCAGCAGAGGAGUGCUGUCGUGGCAGCAGGUGGCGGCGAGGCUGUUUCACGAGUCAGCUCUCUCCCCUGCUGCUUCCCACGGCACCUACAUGCAGCAGCAGCAGCAGCAGCCCCACCAGCAACAGUCACCGUGGUUCGCGUCAGUGCUUUUGGAAUGUGGUGCGAUGGGGGAGAGCAGCAACGGUGCAGACGGGGGCAGGGCGGGGAGCAGAGCAGCGGCGGCGGAGGAAGGCGGAGCGCCAUUCCACGGCACGGUGUGCAAGCCCGUGCGCUUCUCUGCGCUCUCCGCUUGCCUCUCCCAGCUGCUGCUGGGGGCGACGGCGAACCAGGACAGUGGCGAGGAAGAGGGGGACGAGGCCGCGGAGGAGGAGGGUACGGGGUUUGUGGUGAGCUGGCAAGGGGGUAAAGCAGGGAAUAGUGGCUGUGCUGGUGCUGGUGAUGGUGAUGAUGAUGAUGGUGAUGGAUGCAGCAAGGGGCGGCGAUCUGAGGGUGACUCUGGUGGGGUUCAAGUGAACAGGGAACAGGGCAAGGGUCGGGAAGCAGGGAGUUUGAGGCAGGGGAGUGAAGGAGGCGCGAGUGGGUUGAGUGGCAAGCAGGCAGUGGGAGGCAGUGCGGCGGGCAGGGGCGGUGUGCAGGUGAAGAAGGGGAAGCAGAGCAAGACGGCGCAGCUGCUGUGUGAGAAGCUGGGUGGACGACGCUUCCUCGUGGUGGACGACAACAUGGUGAACCGCAAGGUGAUGUCCAAGAUGCUCGAGCGCUAUGACGUGCACGUGGAGGCUGUGGAUGGGGGCGCCAAGGCCAUCGCUGCCGUUGCGCGCACCGAUGCUGCCGCUACUCCGUACGACUGUGUCUUCAUGGACUUGCAGAUGCCGGGAAUGGAUGGGCUUGAGGCCACAGGGCUCAUACGCAAGUAUGAAGCAGAGCAGCAAGCCAAGGAGGCUAAUCCACAGCAGGACGCAGCAGCCGCAGGCGCAAAGCGGCGGCUGCUGGUGAUCGCAUUGACUGCAGAUGUGGGUGCAGGGACCAAAGAGAAGUGUGUUGGUGCAGGAAUGGAUGGGUACAUGACCAAGCCUAUUGAGGAGGACCAGUUGUCGCGUACUCUAUUGCCAUUCUUUGAUGGUUGA